CGAAUGCGUAAGGGUUGGAGUGACACACACACACACACACACAAGAAGAGAACGAACGAGCGCGAGCGAAGAAAGCACAGAGCAACGGACGCGAACUGGAUUAAGAAGAAAAGGAGAGAGAAAGAGAGGGAAAGAUUCCGGGAAAUUUUUAAUCGUUAAAUCUUGGAAAAAUCUUUUUAUCAAGGAAAAUACGCAGUGUGCAUGGAGUUACGAGGAGCGGAAGGGCAGUGGUGGAUAUCAGUGGUUAAAUCCGGUGAUUGGAAAAAUCUCAUUCGACUCGUUGGUUGAAGGCGAAGGGAGCCGCCAUGGCUGGAGCUGCUGGAUCUUCUCCACCUCAGCAUAUCAAAGAAAUAUGAACCUUAUACUGGAAUUAUAUUUAUAAUAAUAAUAAAAACAAACUCCUUGGUUUUUUAAGAGGCGGUCGGGUGUACAUUGUGUGUACAGAGACAAUAAUAAUCAAUCAUUUUUAAUAACCGGAGAACCGGUUUGUUUCAGGCCCAGUUUUCAAUUAGAUUUUGCAUUGAGUUUUCAAGAUUUUAGUCUUUAAAAGGUGGAAAAAACAAAACCACAAAAGCCAGGAGACAGGGAAUACAAGCUGUGGACGUGAAAGAAGAAGAAGAAGAAGAAGAAAAGAAAUUUUCUGGUGAAAAAGGGGUCGUCUUAUUUUCCCUCAUCCUUUUCAUCCCGUCCUCCAUUUUUCCUCCAUAAUCCCACUCGGAGAUUAAAAGUCCAGGCUCCAGGAGGAUAUUUUCUUUGCUCAUAUACAGGUGUUGAGGAUUGGGAGUAUGUCGGGUCGGCCCAGGACCACGUCCUUCGCGGAGAGCUGCAAACCCGUGGCUCAGCCUUCAGCCUUCGGGAGCAUGAAAGUCAGCAGAGAUAAGGAUGGCAGCAAGGUGACGUCAGUGAUGGCGACUCCGGGCCAGGGGCCCGAUCGGACUCAGGAGGUCAGCUACACGGACACCAAGGUGAUCGGGAACGGCUCGUUCGGCGUCGUCUACCAGGCCAAGCUGUGCGAAUCCGGAGAGCUGGUGGCCAUCAAGAAGGUCCUGCAGGACAAGAGGUUUAAGAACCGUGAGCUGCAGAUCAUGAGGAAGCUGGACCACUGCAACAUCGUCCGCCUCCGAUACUUCUUCUACUCCAGCGGGGACAAGAAGGACGAGGUGUAUCUGAACCUGGUGCUGGACUAUGUCCCUGAGACGGUGUACAGAGUCGCCAGACACUACAGCCGAGCCAAACAGACCCUCCCCAUGGUUUACGUCAAGUUGUACAUGUAUCAGCUCUUCAGAAGUCUGGCCUACAUCCAUUCAUUUGGAAUCUGUCAUCGAGAUAUCAAACCCCAGAACUUACUGCUGGAUCCCGAGACAGCUGUGCUCAAACUCUGUGACUUCGGCAGCGCUAAGCAGCUGGUCCGUGGAGAACCAAACGUGUCCUACAUCUGCUCGCGGUACUACAGAGCUCCUGAACUCAUCUUCGGAGCCACUGACUACACCUCCAGCAUAGACGUGUGGUCAGCAGGCUGUGUGCUGGCUGAGCUGUUGCUAGGGCAACCGAUUUUCCCUGGCGACAGCGGAGUGGAUCAGCUGGUGGAGAUCAUCAAGGUUUUGGGCACGCCCACCCGUGAGCAGAUUCGAGAGAUGAACCCCAAUUACACAGAGUUCAAGUUUCCUCAGAUUAAGGCCCACCCAUGGACUAAGGUGAGUCAACAGGUGUUCCGGCCACGCACACCUCCUGAAGCCAUCGCUCUCUGCUCUCGUCUGUUGGAGUACACACCCACGGCUCGGCUCACGCCGCUCGAGGCCUGCGCUCACUCCUUCUUUGACGAGCUGAGAGACCCGAACAUCAAACUGCCCAAUGGGAGGGAGAAGCCAUCGCUGUUUAACUUCACCACUCAAGAAUUGUCCAGUAACCCAUCCUUGGCCACCAUCUUGAUUCCUGCUCAUGCACGUAAUCAAGCAGGUGCCUCCACCCCCACCAAUGCCUCCAGCACUACAGAUGCCAACAGUGGAGAACGCGGUCAGACCACCAAUGCAGCGUCUGCCUCCGCCUCCAACACCUCCACCUGAGAGUCCCAGGUCAUUCGCCCCUCUGGCCUGGCCUGGCCCGGCCCGGCCCAUCCGGGCGACACCCCACCCGUUCCCUGGAUCAGUGGGCGGGUUUAAACCAUCCAACCACAACACUUACUGAAACCGCAACAGCCGAACCAUAAUUUCAGUGCUUUCAGCACUGUCCAAAACCGAGUUCCUGGACAUAUACAGAACGGUGAUAGUGGAGAGAGUGAAAGAGAGAGAGGGUGAGCAGUGGCACAGGGGGAGAACUCGCACCAUCAAUCCUGUGGACAAUCUCUUAAUCAAAGCAAUCCAGUAGCCAAAUCCAUCCUCUUCCAUCUCAGUUUAGUGAGCCUGCUGUUCAAAUGGGCUGCCCUCGCUCUCUCCCUCAAUCCCUUUCUCUCUCUCUCUCUCUCUCUCUCUCUCUCUCUCUCUCUCUCUCUCUCUUUCACACA